AUGGCGUGUAUAUUUAUAAAGAACACUGCUUGUUUUUGUGUGAUAUAUCUUGCUCUGUUUUCACAAGUAGAAGCGACUAAAUGCCUUGAGGGAUUUUACUGCAGUGAUGGCCUUCAACACUGUUGUUUGAAAAGCAAUGUUUGUCGACGCAAUUGCAUUGGGGAGCCUUGUACUGGCUCUGGCCAUUGUGCGCCAGGAGAAUCUUGUUGUGAUUCUAAUGGAAAAUGUGCCUUAAAUUGCGUCGGAGAAUUUUGUACCUCUGAUAGCCACUGCGGAUCAGAUGAAUCUUGUUGCUAUCAUGAUCGAGUUUAUAGUUAUGGCACAUGUGCUAGAUCUUGUAUUGGAAAAUCGUGUGAAGAUGAUCACCACUGUGGAGGACAUGGAUAUUGCUGUGGUUCAUUUUAUAAAACAUGUGCCUUAACUUGCAUUGGAGAAUCGUGUUAUUAUGAUUCCGACUGUAGAUUAGGUCAAUAUUGUUGUGGCACUAACGGAACAUGUGCCUCAAGGUGUAAUGGCGACUUUUGUUCUGCUGAUUUCCACUGCCCGUCGGGUGAAACCUGUUGUGAUCGUGGUCGAAGUCAUAUUGGCAAAUGUGCUAGAUCUUGUAUUGGAAAAUCAUGUUUAGAUGAUUCCCACUGCGGAACACAUGGAUAUUGUUGUGGUUCAAUUUAUAAAACAUGUGCCUCGACUUGUAUUGGAGAAUCGUGUUCCCAUGAUUCCGACUGUGGAUUAGGUGUAUAUUGUUGUGGCGCUAAUGGAACAUGUGCCUCAAGGUGUAAAGGCGACUUUUGUUCUGCAGAUUUCCACUGCCCAUCGGGUAAGACCUGUUGUGAUCGUGGUCAAAGUCGUAACGGAAAAUGUGCUAGAUAUUGUAUUGGAAAAUCAUGCAGUGGAUGGUAUAGGGACUGCGCAUCAGGUGAAUAUUGUUGUCAUUCUACCAAAACGUGUGCCUUCGAUUGUAUUGGAGAAUCAUGUAAAUCGAAUAGUGGCUGCGCAUCGGGUGAAUUGUGUUGUGGUGUCAUUCAAGAUACAGGUACUUGUGCUAGGUCUUGUAUUGGAAAAUCGUGCGAGUGGCAUGAACAUUGCCAAUCAGGUGAAUAUUGUUGUGGUUCUGUUGAUAAAAAGUGUUUGAAAACUUGCAUUGGUCAAUUGUGUAACUCAAUGGAUGACUGUUCUGUGGGGCAAUGUUGUGAUCACAAUAAGAGAUGUAAAACAGGAGGCUGCAUCUCAGAAAGUGCACGUGUCUGGCAUCUUGCAGUCGGCAUAACUACUCCUUUGUUAAUUAUCACCUUUCUUACAGUGUUUUUCUGUUAUCGCAAAGCCAAAGCGACAGCCUCGAGACGUUGUGCUCAUGAGGCAGAAACACAGUCCACAACACCAGCAACUAGACUCUUUACAAAUGAACAACAACAGCUACAAAUGUAUCAAUAUCCACCACCCCACCCCAAUGAACCACCCCCACCGUACCCCAAUCAACCCUCACUGUACCCCAAUCAACCCUCACCGUACCCCAACCAACCCCUACUGUACCCUAAUGAGCCCCCACCUCCAUACAAUGUAACUAUGGCACACAAUACAACAACAAGAAUUUAA